GGAGCGGGGGUGGGGCACGGGGCCGGGCGGGCGGCGGAGGCGCGGGGCCUGCUCCCGCAGGCACCAUGGCCAAGACCGUGGCCUAUUUCUACGACCCCGACGUGGGCAACUUCCACUACGGGGCAGGGCACCCUAUGAAGCCCCAUCGCUUGGCAUUGACCCAUAGUUUGGUCCUUCACUACGGUCUCUAUAAGAAGAUGAUCGUCUUCAAGCCGUACCAGGCCUCCCAGCAUGACAUGUGUCGCUUUCACUCUGAGGACUACAUCGACUUCUUGCAGAGAGUCAGCCCCACCAAUAUGCAAGGCUUCACCAAGAGCCUUAAUGCCUUCAACGUGGGCGAUGACUGCCCAGUGUUUCCCGGGCUCUUUGAGUUCUGUUCCCGUUACACAGGCGCAUCUCUACAAGGAGCAACCCAGCUGAACAACAAGAUCUGUGAUAUUGCCAUUAACUGGGCUGGUGGUCUGCACCAUGCCAAGAAGUUUGAGGCCUCUGGCUUCUGCUAUGUCAAUGACAUUGUGAUUGGCAUCCUGGAGCUGCUCAAGUACCACCCUCGGGUGCUCUACAUUGAUAUUGACAUCCACCAUGGUGAUGGGGUUCAGGAAGCCUUCUACCUCACUGACCGGGUGAUGACAGUCUCCUUCCACAAAUAUGGAAACUACUUCUUUCCUGGCACAGGUGAUAUGUAUGAGGUUGGAGCAGAGAGUGGCCGCUACUACUGUCUCAAUGUGCCCUUGCGGGAUGGCAUUGAUGACCAGAGUUACAAGCACCUUUUCCAGCCGGUUAUCAACCAGGUGGUGGACUUCUACCAACCCACGUGCAUUGUGCUCCAGUGUGGAGCUGACUCCCUGGGCUGCGAUCGUUUGGGCUGCUUCAACCUCAGCAUUCGAGGACAUGGGGAAUGCGUCGAAUAUGUCAAGAGCUUCAAUAUCCCUCUACUGGUGCUAGGUGGUGGUGGCUAUACUGUUCGAAAUGUUGCCCGCUGCUGGACAUACGAAACAUCACUGCUGGUAGAAGAAGCCAUUAGUGAGGAGCUUCCCUAUAGUGAAUACUUUGAGUACUUUGCCCCGGACUUCACGCUCCAUCCGGAUGUCAGCACCCGCAUCGAAAAUCAGAACUCACGCCAGUAUUUGGACCAGAUCCGCCAGACAAUCUUUGAAAACCUGAAGAUGCUGAACCACGCACCCAGCGUCCAGAUUCAUGAUGUGCCCGCAGACCUCCUGACCUAUGACAGAACUGAUGAGGCUGAUGCAGAGGAGAGGGGUCCUGAGGAGAACUAUAGCAGGCCAGAGGCACCCAACGAGUUCUAUGAUGGAGACCAUGACAAUGACAAGGAAAGCGACGUGGAGAUUUAAGAGCAGCUGGGCUUGCUCUGUCCCAAGGAAUUCCUUUUUACCUCUUGUUUGGUCAGGAGGGAAAAGGUGUGGCGCCCCCAGCCCUGGAUGGUCACUUUCUGGGCUUUUACCCAAUGCUGGAAGAGGGUUUGGAGACCACAUCUGGUUUUUGAACCAACUAUCCCCUUUCCUCUUUUUCCCAAGGCCUGACAAUGGUACUUAUUAGGGAUUGGACGGGGACAAGGAUAACUUCCUCUAGGACAUCUUGGGGAGUGCGCCCUAGAGGCUGGUCCCAGCCACUUUGGCCCCCUUACUCCUUCCCUGCUUCCCUCCAACCCAGAGACUUUAGGGAUGAGGGUGGAGACAGGGCUGACUUUGCCUCUGACUUUGUCCUUUCCUGGGUUCUCCUACUGCAGGCCUUGUUUCCAGUGCAGGUGAAGAGUGAGGGAUUUGGGGGGGCUCUGGCUCCCUAACACCUUAACUCCAGAUGAUAGGAAGUACGGUUUUGAGUCCGGGGAGGAUGUGAAAAUGUCCUGUUCUAACUUUUGGCUUUGUGUCCAUUUUAUCACUGUUUUUAUCCAAUAAACCAAGUUGGUAUUUUUUGUA